CUGAAGCGGAGUUUCGACGGGCGCAGCACUGCGGAAAUGUGCGCCAGUUUCCAAUCUGCCUUCGCGGAUGAACUUCAGCGGUUGACCGUCCCGCCAGAUGACCGGAGACUUGUGGACUCCAAGACAUUCCUGGAAGCCCAACUGGUCAAGCUUCGUGAUCUCACGACAGCUCUCCGCGACGCAAGCGAUGCCCAAAAGCAUGCUACAGCGAUGGCCAGUGCAGCCCAGGCCAAGUUCGCUGCUAGCAGCGAUGGAGAGGACGUUGCCAAGAAGCCUCGAGCAGCCAUUGCGGGUGCAUUGAAACAGCAGGACGAGGUCUUCAGAGAAUCUCCGGCGUUUCACUACGACCUCCUACUUGCUGCUGCAGAACGGGAGCUGGACGAGACCGAAGCAAUGCAG